AUGAAGCUGGUACCUGAAGCCCUGCAGUACAGAGACGGAGACGAGGACGCGACUCCUCGUGGCCUGGCGCUGCUGCUCGAGGCGCCCGAGGCCCUGGCGCUUGGGUCCGCAGCAGCCGCGUCGCCGCUGGAGUUGGUUGCGGCGGUCUCAUCUUCGCCGCUUCGAUUCGCCGCAGAGGCGGCCGAGUCCACGAGCAGCGAGGUGUUGCUUUCCUCACCCUGCCUGUGGCUGCACCAGCAGUUUGCGGAGGAAUUGGCCAUCGCGUGCUCGGAGUACUCGGCUGCGGCGUUGCUUGUGAACCCACCGCAGGAGGAGCCCAGGUGUGGUGGCUUCCGUUCUUCUCAAUUCAACAGCUUCUGUAGCUACAUGGCCAGUGAGGGCUCUACUUAG